AUGAGUUUGGCCGCUCCAGGCUUGCUCCCAAAGGCGGCCACUCCGCUCCGCAUCCUCGCCGCAUCGAGGCCGACCUGCCAAAUCCAUUCCGAACGCUCCCAGUCGACCCUCCAAUCUAGACGUCUACACACGGCUCCAUCGACCAGGUCUGCCCGUCAUGCGCCUCGUCAAUCUGCUCAGGCUAGGGACCCAUAUGCUACCCUUGGCGUGAACAAAUCCUCCUCUACUGGUGAAAUCAAGAAGGCCUACUACGGACUGGCCAAGAAAUACCAUCCCGACACCAACAAGGACGCUGGUGCUAAGGAAAAGUUCGCCGAAGCCCAGGCCGCAUACGAGACUCUUUCAGACCCAAAGAAAAAGGAGGCAUACGACACCUACGGCUCUGCCGCUUUCGACCAGAAUGGAGGCUUCAACCCCGGUGCCGGCGCCGGCGGCAACCCCUUCGCAGGUGGCGGUUUCGGUGGAUUUGGAGGCUUUGGUGGUGGUGGCGCUGGAGGCGCUCAAGGCUUCGGCGACAUCAACUUCGAGGACCUUUUCAGCGCAUUUGGUGGAGGAAGCGCGCGAAGAGGCCGUGGAAGAGCCUCGCCAUUCCAGGAAGAGAUGUUGGUUGGAGAGAACAUCGAAGUUCAGACCAACAUCUCCUUCCUCGACGCGGCCAAGGGUAUCACCAAGGACAUCCACAUCAACCCGUUGGUCAAGUGCAAGACUUGCGAAGGAAACGGCUUGAAGAAGGGCCAAUCGAGAUCGACGUGUAAGAGCUGUGACGGCUCGGGUACACGAGUACACUUCAUGCAGGGUGGCUUCCAGAUGGCAAGCACCUGCGGUGCAUGUGGAGGCCAAGGCCAGACUAUUCCCAAGAACGGUGCUUGCGGAAGCUGUAAGGGAGAGGGUGCACUUCGCGAGAAGAGAACAGUAUCAGUCGACAUUCCUGGAGGUAUCGAGGAUGGCAUGAGAAUGCGCGUAUCACAAGAAGGAGACUACCCACCGACAGGCCAGGCGGCCAAUCCCAAGGCACGAACAGCAAAUGGCGAUCUUUACGUCUUUGUGCGAGUUGCACCCGAUCCAAAGUUCAGCCGCAAUGGAUCAGACGUUCUCUACACAGCAUCGAUACCGCUGACGACAGCGAUUCUCGGAGGAGAAAUUCCUAUUCCCACACUGGACGGCGAGGUCAAGAUCAAGGUUGCGACAGGCACAGCAACCGGCGACCGCAUCACGUUGUCUGGAAUGGGCAUGAGGAAACUGAACAGCCGACGUGGCAACAAUGGAGACCUGCGGGUGGAGUACAAGGUGCAGAUGCCCAAGUAUCUCAGCGUCAACCAGAGGACGAUUGUCGAGAUGCUCGCAGACGAGAUGGGAGACAAGACAGCCAAGCGAGUGAUGAACCUCGGAAAGAUGGCAGAAGAUGCCAAGAAAGAUGCGACGAUGAGCGAAGAAGACUUGCACAAGAACGAAGGGUUCCUCAAGUCUGCAUGGCACAGACUCACACACCAGCACGACCACCUCAAAGAGAAGGAGGAAGCCAGCAAGCAAGAAGAGGAAGACAAGAAAAAGUCAGGAUCGAGCUGA